AUGCUACUCGGGCUGUUUGGGAACAGUCUCAUUCUCGGCGUGUAUUGGCCCAAACCUAAUAAGACAAGCACCAAUAUCCUGAUCAUGGGGCUGGCUGGGAUGGACCUAACCGUCUGCAUGAUGAGAGUACAUAACCUCGCCGUCUUCAUAUCGUUUCUGGCUAACAAGGAGACCCCAUUUGCUUUCCAGUACAUACGAUUGGUAAGCAUGGUGAGUCUCUUCGCCUCUGCUGUGCUGACCGGCUUCAUUGCAGUGGACAGAUACGACUGCGUGUGUCGGCCGUACAACCGAUGGCUAAAUCGCUUCGGAGCAAAGCUGCUGGUUCUCGGUUCCUAUGGUCUAGCGAUAAUCCUUUUGAUCCCACUGGUAUUUUCAACAUUAUGGAUGCCCGAUUCAAACGCACUCAGAAAAGCGGGUCUGGUCUGUCAGUUAGUACUGUACAUCGUGGUAAUAGUCUUCAUAUGCAUCUUCUACGGGAAAGUUUACAUCACCAUACGAAAUCAUGUGAAAGUAAACGUGUUAAGUCGACAUCUAGUUGAAAAUGAUCGGUUGACUGCUGUAGGGCCACUAGGUGACUCUCGAAGUCGUAAUGUGUCGUCCAUUGCUGGCAAUGUAUCGUCAUUAAUGCCAUCUACCAAAGUCAAACCAUUAGACAAAGUGCAACACAAGAGUAUGACGAAAGCCACUCAAAACACUCCUUCAACUUCAAGAAAGUCAGAAAGCCUUAGGUCAGAAAGCCUUACUUGUAGCGACACAUCCAUGGCUCCAACUGACGGUAAAGUUAACGCCACUGCCAUUGGCAGGCCACCGGUGAGAGGAAACCCAAACCAGGACAGACGCAGCGGAACUGAGAUGUCACUUCAACGUAAGACUACAAGAAUGCUGUUCAUUACCAGCAUCGUGUUCCUUUUGACUUGGUUCCCAUACUGGCUCUAUGUUGCUGUUUUGCUUGCCAAGCUAGACGGUGCUGAUAUCAGCGAAAAUGUGAUUACUAUUUUGUGGUACUGUACGCUAACUACCUACAUCAAUAACGUUGUGAAUCCAUUAAUCUAUGGUGUCGCAAACAGACGGUUUCGGAAAGACUGUCAAGUAGUUCUCAGGAAAAUGAAAAUAUAG